AUGGCAACGAAGAGAGCUGUUCUGGUGGGUUGCAACUAUCCCUACACGAAAUUCAGGUUGCAUGGAUGCGCAAAUGACGUGAAAUCCAUAAAAGAUAUAAUCAAGAAAAAAUUUGGAUUCGAUGAGAGAAAUAUUACGGUCCUGACUGAUGAUAAAGAUUCAGAAGGAUGGUCGUCGUCGUGCCUGCCUACUGGUGCAAACAUUAAGGCUGCUCUUAAUGCAAUGGUGAAAAAGGCUAAACCAGAAGACGUCCUGUUUUUCUACUUCAGUGGACAUGGAACAACCAUUCCGGUCUUGGAACCUCACAAGCCUUUCAGGCAGGACGAGGCCAUCGUGCCUUGUGAUUUCAAUCUCAUCACUGAUGUGGACUUCAGGCGUUUGGUUAACCGGCUGCCAGCAGAAGCAAGCUUCACAGUUCUUUCGGAUUCAUGCCAUAGUGGUGGUCUCAUUGAAAAAGAGAAAAAACAAACUGUAUCUUCCGAGGAUACAGAAAAUACUGAUAAUCAGGUUAAGGGUAAGGUUAAGGUUAAGGCUAAGCCUAAGUUCCUUGGUUUUGAUUUCAUAAGCCACGCGAUCGACACAGCGGCAGGCUGGGCAGUGCAGGCGGUCGACACAGCGGCAGGCUGGGCCGGUCAGGCGAUCGAUACAGCAGCGGGCUUCGCCCACAACGAAGUAACUAAAAUCGCCCAGGGUACUCACAGAAUCUUCGGGAAGGAUGUGAGUCUCAAAUUCCAUCCUCAUUACACAGGCGGGGCACUACAGUUGGAUGCACUUGAGGAGGAUGAUGGGAUUUUGUUAAGCGGGUGCGAAUCGGAUGAGACGUCGUACGACAUCGUUUCCGGUGGUCGAGCCUAUGGGGCGUUCACCGAUGCAGUGGUUAAGACACUCACAAAUCUCAGCGCGCAUGAAGAAAUUACCAAUAAAAAGCUUUUGUCCAUGGCUGCCGAGGCCGUACGGAAACAAGCACAUGAGGCUGAGCAGCACCCUUGCCUUUAUUGCAGUGAUAAUAACAAAGAUCAGCCUUUCUUGGGCGGCUUUGCUUGA